CAUCACUUUGAUCCAUCUGCCAUGAACAAGACAACAACACUCAUGGAAAUAAUCAUGAUGUUCCUCCUCCUCCUCUUCUUACCUUCGACAUCUGGUGCGACCGUCGGAAUAUGCUAUGGCCACGUCGCGAACAACCUCCCCCCGCCAUCCUCCACCGUCGAACUCCUCAAGUCGAACCAAAUCUCGAACGUCCGCCUCUUCAACGCCGAGCCGGCGAUUCUCCGAUCCUUCAACGGCGCCGGGAUCAGCCUCAUGAUCGGCGUCCCCAAUGAGGACCUCCCUGCCCUGGCCUCCGGAACUGCAGCCACCGCCAUCCAGUGGCUCCAAUCCAACAUCUUCGCUCACGUCCCCCCGAAUGAAGUCCGAUACAUUGCCGUCGGCAAUGAGGUCUUCCUCAAAAGGACCCCUACUUCACUCCCCACGUCGUACCUUCAGUCAUCAACCUCUACAGCGCUCUCCGAACCUUAGGCCUCUCGGAGAGCAUCAAGCUGUCGUCGCCGCAGGCGGCUUCGGUGAUCGUCAACACUUACCCUCCCUCGUCGGCAACGUUCGAUCCCAGCCUCCGAUCAGCCAUCAUCCCGCUCCUGCAGUUCCUGCGCGACACCGGAUCGCCGUUCAUGGCGAACGUGUACCCAUACAUCAGCUACUUGAGCGAGGCGAGGCACAUGUCGCCGGCUAUGCGCUGUUCAGGGGAGGAGGGGAGCCAGUCCACGACGGCGCGCUGGCGUACGACAAUAUGUUUGACGCGAGCGUGGACGCAUUCGUGUGGGCGCUGGAGAGGGAAGGGUUCGGAGGGGUGGCGCUGGUGGUGGCGGAGACAGGGUGGCCGACGGCAGGAGGGGAGGCGGCGAGCGUGGCGAACGCGCUGGCGUUCAACGGGAACGUGGCGAGGCGGGCGGCAAGCGAUGCCGGGACGCCGAAGAGGCCUGGCGUGGGCGUGGAGGUUUAUCUGUUCGGACUGUUUGACGAGAACGAGAAGGUCGGCGAAGAGUAUGAGAGGCAUUUCGGCAUCUUUGGCCUCAAUGGCGCCAAGGCCUAUAAUUUGACCUUCAACUGAGUUUCUUUUU